UAGUUGCCCUUCCGCUUGUCUUCCUCUGCAUCCAUGUCUGUGUCCUCGUGCGCCCUACGUCGGUGCUGUGAACAGCCUCGCCAUGUCAGCAAUGUACCAACAAUGCAGGCAUAAUACACGUGUGAUAUGACGAACGCGGUUAGGCGGCUGGCUGCCGGGUGGCGAUAAGCGCUGGUGCUUGUUUGUCCCCGACGACUAUAUUCGUGCGCCUUCGCGCGCGCUCCCCGCACGUUUUACCCUCCGACACCCUCGACUGUCACGGAGAAGCCCUCUGCAACGAUGACGGGGCAGCCAGACACUCCUUUCGAGCUCCCCCUCUACGUCGACGAGAAGCAUGAGGAGCAACCCCUUGCACCGGCCCCUGCACCCCAGCCAACGAAGUCGAAGAGGAAGUCCGUCCUCCGCAGGCUGCUCUUUGGCGGUCUUGCGCUGUACUACACUGGCAACAUCGUCUAUCGGCACACUCGGUCCUGCGGUCACCAUGCAUCGGAGCCCGAGCUCCCCCACAUUGGCUCACAGAACCCCGCCGUCCUCGUGAAGGCGCGCCAUGGUGCGGUCGCAUCUGAGAACAAGCGCUGCUCCGACAUUGGCGUGGACGUGCUGAAGGACGGAGGGAACGCGGUGGAUGCGGCGAUCGCGACGUCGUUGUGUAUCGACGUGGUCAAUCCCUUUGCCUCAGGCGUAUCUGGCGGAGGCAUCAUGACCGUGCGCCUCCCGCCGAAGGAGGAUGGGGAGGAGUCCGAGGUGUGGACCAUCAACUACCGCGAGACCGCACCGGCGGCUGCGAACACGACCAUGUUCAUCGAGAACCCCAACGCGUCGCGCUUCGGCGGUCUGGCAAGCGCUGUCCCGGGCGAGAUCCUCGGCCUCGAGACCGCGCACCAGAUGUGGGGCAAGCUCCCUUGGAAGCGUCUCGUUCAGCCUGCAGCUGAGCUUGCGGCGGGUUGGGAAGUAGACAGGGAGCUCGGGCGUCGCCUUCCCUGGUUCUCCGAGCUCUUGCUCGGCCAGCCAGAGUGGGGCGCCAUCUUCGCACCAAACGGUACCAUCCUUGGCGUUGGCGAUCCUAUCAAGAACACCGCGCUCGCGCGUACCUUGUACGCGAUUGCCGAGUACGGCUCGGAGGCGCUCUACAGCGGGCCCGUCGCGGAGUCGAUCGUGCGGAGGAUACAGGAGACGGGCGGCAUCAUCACCUUGGAGGACCUGCAGAACUACUUCGUCGAGGUCGGGCCGGCGUUGCAGGGCACGUACAGGGGCAAGAAGGUGUACACUUUUGAUGCGCCGACGUCGGGACCAGUCCUGCUGCAUGCGCUGAACCUCAUGGAACACUACCCGCUCGAAGAGCGCACGCCGCUUAAUGUCCACAGAAUGGUGGAGGCGAUGAAGUUUGCCUUUGCGGGAAGGACGCGCAUCUCCGACCCCAACUUCUCGGACGACAGUCAGGACAUCGAGGAACUGCCCACCAAGGAGUUCGCAGACAAGAUCGUGGUCAACAUCACGGACGACAAGACUCAUCCGCCCGAGUACUACCACCCGAUCUACGAUACGCCCACCGAUCAUGGAACGAGCCACUGCUCUAUCAUUGACCAGGACGGCAUGGCGGUCGCGCUCACGCACACCAUCAACGGUCUCUUCGGCUCCUUUGUCAUCGACCCCGAGACUGGGAUCAUCAUGAACAACGAGAUGGACGACUUCUCCAUCCCGGGCCACCCGAACCUCUUCGGGCUCUACCCCUCGCCUUACAACUACCCCGAGCCCGGCAAGCGCCCGCUCUCUUCCACCGCGCCGACGAUCAUGGAGUACGAGGACGGCUCGUUCUACAUGGCCAUCGGCGGCGCCGGCGGCUCGCGCAUCUUCCCCUCCAUCUUCCAGGUCAUCCUCAACCUCGAGUGGGGGAUGGAUGUCAGCAGCGCGAUCGAGUUCGGCCGCUUGCAUGACCAGCUGUACCCGCUGAACUUGGAUGUGGAUGAUACGUACCCGAAGGAUGUUGUUGAUGGAUUGAGGGAGAGGGGGCAUAAUGUGACGGUGACCUCGGUCAACGAAGUGAAGGCGGUGGUACAGGCCGUGGUUAUGAGGGAUGGAGCUAUCACUGCGGCGAGCGACUCGAGGAAGAAUGGCAUUGCUGCUGGCUAUUGAGGUUGAUCUUAUUAACGUGGUGGAUGUGAUAGAGGUGCACUCUUAUCUGGAGGCAUGUAAUUUAUGAUACUAUACACUUUGCACUCAUUAUCUAGGAACUGUGCUGCUCUACGAGAUCCGAAUGCUAUCGCGGCAAAGCACUGUGCAAGAC